AAUACGGUCCUUAAUUUUCUCGUAAUUCCAAAUUCCAAGGUACAUUUGUAAAUAAAGCAACUUGAGGGAAAAGAACUCUUGCUUCAUCCGGAUCAUGGGAAUUUCUUGAACAUUCCAUUAUCUGUACGAGUAUAGUGAAGUCAAACUCGAAGAUGACUGCAACAAUCCCAGGACAGUUGUUGCUCAAGCCACCCAAUUAUGUUCUAAAAGGAGUUUUACAAACCCCUGUAGGAGUUAAAACAAGAAAAGCUAAUAACUUUUGUACUCCCUCAAACUUGUUUUUUAGUAAUCAUGGUUAUGGAGUCAACCCCAGGUUGUGUUCAGGAAUCACACGGGCCUGCAAUGAUGGAGGGGGUCAGCAGUCUUCACCUGCUGAUGUUGAUUUGUUAAAAGAUAGCUCAUCUAACACAGCUGAUGGUUACAUUGCCUUGUUUGUUCGGAUGCUUGGCUUGGACCAUGACCCUCUAGACCAAGAACAGGCAGUAAUUGCUCUUUGGAAGUAUUCACUUGGAGGAAAGCAGUGUCUUGAUAUGAUAAUGCAGUUUCGAGGUUCUGUUAAUCUGACGGUGAACCUUUUAAAGUCUGAGUCUGAUGCUGCUUGUGAAGCAGCUGCUGGUCUUUUGAGGAUGAUAUCCUCGGUGAAUAUGUAUAGAGAUCUUGUGGCAGUUAGUGGUGCAAUAGAAGAGAUAAACGGCAUCCUGAGACGUUCUUCCCUCUCCCCAAAUGUGAAGGAGCAAAGCUUAAGUAUGUUAUGGAACUUAUCUGUGGAUGAGAAACUCAGAAACAAAAUUGCCAACUCUGAUCUCGUGCCAUUACUAAUAAAGUUCCUCGAGGAUGAAGAAGUGAGAGUGAAGGAGGCAGCUGGAGGGGUUUUGGCAAAUUUGGCCUUGACUGCUUCUAAUCACAAUAAUAUGAUUGAAGCAGGUGUCAUUCCAAAACUGGCAAUGUUCUUGAAAACUGAGGUGGAGGGAUCUAAGAUCAUCAAAAAUGAAGCAAGAAAUGUGUUGCUGGAACUUGCUAAAGAUGAGUACAACAAGAUUCUUAUCAUGGAGGAAGGUCUUCUUCUGAUUCCAUUAGUUGGUGCAGCUGCCUACAAGUCCUUCAGACCAGCUCUGUAUUCAUUGCCUUCUUUGCCUGAUGGUACCAAAAUUGAACAGAACCCAAGACCUUCAAGAUAUGGUGCCUCUGAAUUACUUCUUGGAUUAAAUAUUGACUAUAGUAAUGCAAAAAUUGAGGAAAAAACGAUGAAGGCUAUUGUAGGACGCACUCGACAGCAAUUUCUUGCACGUAUUGGGGCAAUAGAAACUGAAGAAGAGAAUAAAUCCAGUCGUGAGUUUCCUUCGAAUCCAAGGUUUACUCUUUUGCCGUGGAUGGAUGGCGUGGCUCGCUUGGUAUUAAUUCUUGGACUUGAAGAUGAGUCGGCUAUAGCUAGAGCUGCAGAUGCCAUUGCAGAUGUGUCUAUAAAUGAACAUAUGCGGGGUUCAUUUAAAGAAGCAGGUGCUAUAAACCCUCUUGUUCGGCUAAUUAACCAUCCUAGUGACACUGUUAAAUUAGCUGUUAUUCGGGCUAUACAGAGACUAUCUAUCAGUAAUGAAUUAUGCCAAAGGUUGCAGGCAGAAAAUGCUUUGUAUUCUUUGAUUUACUUGCUCUGUAACUCAGACAUCUCUAGUAGCUUGACAAGAAUGAUAUUGGACAUUCUUACUCGGAUCCUAGAUCCUAGCAAAGAAAUGAAAUCAAAGUUUUACAAUGGACCAUUAAGAAGGCACAGAGUGCAGCAAGAAAUGCAGGGUUGAUUGCAUCAACUACCAGGUU